UGUCUACUUUAAGUUUCACCUCCUCGUGAACUGUCCUAGUUUCUAGUUAAACAAUCACGUGAUUGGUAUUUGAAUUCGGUGUAAAGGACUGAGACUAUAAAUACCGGUGUUUUACAGUGUCUUCUUAAUUCUGGAGCUGUUCAGUACGUGCAUUGACUGCCAAAGAGUUUCAAGCCCGACUGCCAGAAAGCGUGUGUCGUUACCAAGAUUAAGGAUAUUGUAACCCGGAAGAAUGAGAGCUUUAUCCACAUUUCUUGGUUUAGCAUUUCUGUUACUCUUAGAGUUAUGUACAGCUAAUGGGCAGGGUGCGUUGUGGGUGCGGAAGAUGCGCACAGUUUUUGCCCGGCUAGACAGUAAUCACGACAACCGUCUGACCAGAAAGGAUUUCUUGGCCCUCGGCGUCCACAUCAUAAGAUGUUGUAAACUGGACAGCAUGCAGAGAAUGAACCAAAUUAUGAUGAUGGAAUCAGAUGCGUGGGAUAAGUUUUUCGCAGGACCAGGCACACCCCGUAGUGUUCAGGAGAGAGGUAUUAGCGAGCGUCAGUUUGUUGACGCAAUGAGGCGGGAGAUGCAGAGCCCGGAAACUUCAAAGAACUUACGUAAUAUGUACCAUUUUGUCUUCGGGUACAUGGAUCACGACCAAGACGGCAUGCUAACGUUCACCGAGUACGCGGACAUGCCUCGCUGCAGUGGCGUUCCUGACGCGUUCAUCCAAGCCAAUUUCGAUACGUUGGACACAGACGCAGAUGGCGUCAUCCAAGAGGCAGAAUUCAUUGAAGCUGCGAAACAGUAUUAUACAACGAACGAUGAGAGUAACAGGUAUAACCACGUGCUAUACGGACCGCUUGUGAAUUAAACUACGUGCAUUUGGUAAAAUGUUGACGUCAUGGUGACGUAACUGUUUCGCGAAAACAUUAAAACUGUCUGAAUAUCUUUUAUUUCUUCGAUUAAGUUUAAACGUUUCCUGCCGGGAAUGAAAGGGAUAUGUUGAUAACCUCACCCCCUUUAACCACAUAAAAAUCAGUAUUUUGGCUGAAAGAUCUCACUUCCAAAAUCGAAGGUGCUUGUGUUAAUAUUUAUAAGAAUUAGAAGUAAAAAAAGUAGACAAUGA